AUCAAAGAGGGAUCCCUAUCUAAUCUUCACAUUGCAGAGCAGGAUAACGAGUAAACUCCCAAGUACAGUGACAACUUCGCUCUGCAAUAAGAGGACAUCUCAGCAUCAUGAGGUCCUAUCUGAACAUCUGCAUUCUCAUUGCUAUCUCUGUGAUCCUUAUCAAUGCUGCCUCUGCUGAAGAAAAGAAGAAAGAGCCGAAACGUAAGAAAGUCCGUCAUCAUCACCACAAGACGACGACAACAGAAUCGCCGGCAGGAGGGGCUGCGCCGGCGGAGAAGGAAGAUGUCUACGCCAUGAUGGUCGAGGAUGAAAAAGCUGAGCUCGUCGAGAAAAAGUACGCCGAGCUUCACAGAUCUCAUUCUGAGAUCACCCAUAACGGCUUGGGAGAGAUCUAUAUGAAUCCAUGUGCGGGUAAACACUGCGGAGCAGGGCGAGUAUGCCAAGUGACGGAUGAAGGCGAUGCUAAAUGUGUAUGCAUUCCCGAGUGCCCUCGUGAAGUCGAAAUCAGGAGGAAGGUUUGCACCAACCACAAUGAAACGUGGGGCUCAGACUGCGAGGUCUACAGAAUGCGCUGCUGGUGUGACGAGGAAUCUAAAAACUGCACCAACCCUGAGUUCAAACACGUUCACAUUGAAUAUUACGGAGAAUGUCGACAAAUGCCGGAAUGCACGAAGGAUCAGAUGGACGAUUUUCCGAGGCGCAUGCGCGACUGGCUGUACACGAUCAUGAGGGACUUGGCCGGGAGGGAAGAACUGAGCCCUCACUACAUCGAGAUGGAACGGGACGCCGAGACCAACAUGACGCGCAAAUGGAACAACGCCGCCAUUUGGAAAUGGUGUGACCUGGACUCCCAUCCUCAUGACAGCGGCGUAUCCCGUCACGAGCUAUUCCCGAUCAAAGCUCCUCUGAUGGCCCUGGAGCAUUGCAUCGCACCAUUUUUGAACAAAUGCGACGCUGACGAUAAUCAUCUGAUCACGCUGGCAGAAUGGGGAAAAUGUUUGGAGUUGGAUCCUGAUGAGCUGGAGGAUCGGUGCGAAGAAGUCCGAGGAGACGACGAGUGAAGAUUUUUUUUUUUUUUUAUUUUUUGACUGUGCCAAAAAUGUGAAAUAAACAGGAUUUUUCUUGAAUGGAUGCAUUUAAAAAUGCAUUUAAAAAUUACUCAGUUUUUUUGUCUUUGAAAAAUUUAGGCUUCAGAUAAAAUUAUAUUUUAAUUUUUGUUUGUGUUUAGUUUAUGGUUCAAAUAAAGUAUUGCAGUUUGAAUACAACUUAGUAGUUAUAACUACUGAGAUCCAAAAAUAAUCAUUUCUGACACAAAAUGGUCUGAUUUUUCCCCUUUUUUAUCGUAAGAUCUACUUCCUAAAUUGGGCGGAUGAAAUGUUAUUUUUUCUCAUUUCAUCUGCGACUUAAGUAUUCUAGUCAAACAUAACACUAAAGUCAAACAAUACAACACCGUUAUGAUUUUAACAACAAACUGAGGGUCUAAUUGGUAAGUGCAGCACUGCCAUCCUUAAGAUUUCAUUUUAUGGAUGAAAGUGUAAUGAAUAUUCUGAGUGAAAAUUCUCUAUAAGUUGUGGAACUAUGUCUUGUAAUGAAAAAUUGACUGGUUAGUAAUAUCGAAUCGUAAAAAUUUAAUAAAAAAAACAAAAUAAAAUUAAACCGUCAGACCUGUGUCCUCAUGAAAAUUGUCAAUGUGUGUGUGUAUAAUAGGUCUUCAAAUAAAGGAAAUUCCCGAAAAACCCGAGAUUAUUCAAAGAUAUUUGUUCCUAAAAUAAGCUUGUAAACAUAGUUGACAUGUCUUAUGUAUACACAUUGCCUUACUCUUUUUGUAUAAAUUCGUUUUUUACUAGGCUUUGCCCUCAAA